UAUCGCGAAAUAUAAACAAAACAGAAUCAUGCAUUAUUUUCUAAUUGUAAUAUUUUAAUUGUAUAGUAAUAAGUUGGUAACCUGUUGAAUCAAUCGUUAUUCAGGUCAAGGAUAAUAUUGUGCAGUAAACUCCUAUUUUUUAUUAAAUACGACAAUCUUCAUUUAUACUGUAUACCUGAUAGAACGCAGUUUAAAAAUCGUCAAAUAAGUUUGUUCCACUUCUACUUCGCAAGUCAACAACAUUGACUAUAGUAUGCUUCCAUGACAUUUAGCUCGAGACCGGCUUUUUAAGUUCAUCUAGGAGACGGAAGAGGCAUGUAUCAGCGGAAUGGCCUAUUACUGGACGGACAACAUUCACACCACAACACUUACACCUCGGGACUAUCAGGUAGAGCUACUUGCUUCUGCUCGAGAAAGAAACUUGAUCUUAUGUCUGGCGCACAAUUCUUCCAAGGAGUUUAUUGCUUUAAAACUUAUUCAUGAGCUUGGAUUCCAACUCAGAAGCUCCACUAACCGAAAGUGGACCGUCUACAUUUCGAGCAAUGAUGCUGUAUACCAUCUGAUCCAGAAUCUUACAGAUCUGAAAGUUAUCUAUGUAAAUGGAAAAGACGAUCUGGACUGGGAGGAAAUAGUGAAACACUAUCAGGUUAUUAUUACGGACGGGAGACGAUGGUUAGAUGCUGUUGUCUGUGGGUAUUUAAGUUUACAGGACGUAAACCUUUUGGUCAUCGAUGAGUGUCAUAAAAUCUAUGGUAAUGAUGAAAUUUCUGAACUCUUUACUGAUUACUACAGUAAAAGUGCACUGCAGCCGAAAAUAUUGGGAUUGGCUGGGCCACUGCACAAUGCCGGUUGCAUUCCGGGAAGAUUAAGCGCCGAACUGGAACAGCUGGAGCAAUGUCUCAAAGCAAAAGCGGAAACGGCCAGUGAUAUUGUAACCGUGCUAAGAUAUUGCACAAAACCGAAAGAAAUCAUACUUCAGUGCGCACCACUUCAGGAAACAGAAUUAGCUAUGUAUUUAAAAGAGUUAGUUUUAACUCAAAUGACAUUUCUUGAAGACCAUAGGUACGAUCCAUGCGAAAUUUAUGAGGAUGAUGAAUUUGUUGAAGAGCUAAAGAAUAUUCCUGAUCCAAAAUCAGAUCCGCUAAAAUUUUUAAACGAGUUUCUUACAGUCUUGGAUGAAAUGGGCCCUUGGUGUGCGGAUCGUGCAGCUCUAGCACUUAUUGUACAAAUCGAGAAGCAGAAAAUAAAAACACCGUAUGAGCGCCACUUUCUGCUGCUUUGUUUAGUGUCAACAGUGUUUGUUCAAAUUAGAUCGUAUUGUGAUUUGAUUUUCCAACAAUUUGCGACUGAAAAAGAGAAAAUCGAGGCCUUUUCUACACCAAAAAUUCGGCGCUUGCUGGAGAUUUUUCGGUUUUUUCGACCGGAUGCGCAACGAAAUAAAGGAAAUACAUUUUCCCAGUCCAUAAUUGAGGAGCAAGAAGUAGAAACAUGCCGCUCUGAAUGCUGCCAAGGUUUACUGGAAGAGAUCCAGUCGAUGGAUUUUCGAAAACUGAAUGAAACCGUUGAUGACGUUACUAAGAAUAUUGACAGCAUAUCAGAGGGGAUUGAAAAUCUGAAAAUUUCAUUUCGUCUGCUUUCGAACAUAACAGCACCAGAACUGGAUAUGGCGGGGCAUGGGAAGAAGCAUAAAUCUCCCGCAAAGAAUGGAAUCCGACAGUUGCGUCAACGAAAAAAAGUUGGUUUUAUGAAUCGUCAAAAUCGAACAAACUUUCACAACCAAAACGAUCCUGAUGCGCUUUGUGCGUUAAUAUUUUGUAAUUCAAAAUUUACGGCAAGAAUGUUAUACACUAUGUUCUACGAAAGCGUUCGCUCGGAUCCACAGCUUGGUUAUAUAAACGUUCAGUAUACUGUAGAUAAGACAGCUGAUCCGAUGACGGAACCGAAGGAAGCCGAAAUCGAGCAUCGGAAGCAGGAAGAAGUGUUGAAACGAUUUCGAAUGCACCAAUGCAAUCUACUGAUUGGAACGUCCGUCUUAGAAGAAGGAAUUGACCUGCCAAAGUGUAAUCUGGUUAUUCGUUGGAACGAACCUGUCAGUUAUCGGUCCUACGUACAGUGCAAAGGUCGUGCUCGAGCAGCAACUGCGUACCACAUCAUGUUCAUAACGCCCAAGGUUCAGCAAUGUCUUUGGACAAGGAUGGAAGAUCUGACAGAUCGAACACAUCAUUAUAUAUGUAGAAAUACUUCUAGCGAAGACGGUACAACUCAUGAAGAUCUUUCGGAAUCCGAUCAGAAUGUCAACGAAUGCGUCAGUGAUCAAUGCUCAACAAGUGUUCCUAAAACUAGUUUACAGAUAAUGGAAAAUUGCACAAAUGAAAUGAUUGAAAAAGUUGCAGUAUAUAUGGAAAUAGAGAAGCUUCUACUUCAAAAGUGUGAAAAUAUGGAACCACCGGAAAGCCAGCAAUUGCAUGCUGAUAGUUUUAAUCGAUGCCUGGAACCGUUCAGACCUCUGUUGGAAACGGAAGAGACUAGCAAUUAUGUGGGGUUGGCAAAUGCGAUUCAAAUGAUCAACAAAUACUGUGCCAAAUUACCCAGCGAUACGUUUACUAAACUAACGCCGUUAUGGCGUAGUGCCAAAACCACGCGGAAAGGUCACGAGCUAUACCAAUAUACGAUAAGGAUGCCAAUUAAUUCUCCUCUCAAAGAGGAUAUACUGGGAUUGCCAAUGCCUUCGGAAAUUUUGGCGCGUAGAAUGGCGGCGUACAUAGCCUGUAGAGUUUUGCACAACGCUGGAGAGCUGGAUGAUUCACUUCAACCUAUAGGAAAGGAAUCUUUCCGAGCAUUCGAAGCUGACUGGGAGGAGUUCGAAUUGGAGAGUAUAGAUGCGCAAAUUGUAAGUGAGAAUUCUGAACCCAGGCCGGGUACGACCAAGCGAAGGCAAUACUAUUAUAAAAGGAUUGCAUCCGCGUUCUCAGAUUGUCGCCCUACAAUCGGAUCUAAAGUAUAUCUGUAUCACAUAAAUAUGACGUUGCAGUGUCCAAUUCCAGAGGAACAAAAUACCCGAGGCCGAAAGAUCUAUCCACCAGAGGAUUCUCCACAGGGGUUUGGGAUACUAACUACUAAGCUCAUACCGAAAGUAAGUGCAUUUCCAAUUUUUACCCGCUCGGGUGAAGUUAAGGUGGCACUAAAUCUUUGCCUCGAGCGUACAGUGCUUAGCCAACAACAACUGGACAAAAUCAAUCUCUUCAUCAACUAUACUUUCACCAAGGUGCUGAGAUUGCAGAAGUACCUAAUGUUGUAUGAUCCGGAAGCAACGGAGAAUUGUUUCUUUAUUGUACCAACCAUUACUCGACAUAGUUUAGUCACUGUAGAUUGGGAUUUCAUUGACGUAAUUGCUAGAAAUGUUGAUAAAAUGCCAACCUCUGUACCUGAUGAAAAUCGAAAGAAUUACACCUUUGAGAGCAGUUUAUUUAGGGAUGCAGUAGUCAUGCCAUGGUAUCGCAAUCAGGAUCAACCUCAAUAUUUUUACGUUGCGGAAAUUUGCUACCAUUUAUCACCAAAGAGUUCAUUUCCGGGACUCAACUAUAGCACGUUCGAAGAGUAUUACUUGAAAAAGUAUAACAUACAAAUUCAAAACUGUAAACAGCCCUUACUUGAUGUGGAUCAUACUAGCGCAAGACUGAAUUUUCUCACUCCCAGAUACGUAAAUCGUAAAGGCGUAGCUCUUCCAACCAGCUCGGAAGAAACAAAACGGGCAAAACGGGAGAAUCUCGAACAGAAACAGAUUUUAAUACCUGAACUUUGCACCAUCCAUCCUUUCCCGGCUUCUCUCUGGCGGGCGGCUGUUUGCUUGCCAUGUAUUCUAUAUCGAAUCAAUGCCCUGUUGCUAGCGGAUGAAAUCCGCAAAGAGGUUGCCUUCGAUCUUGGUCUUGGAGCUACGGAAAUCUCCAACGAAGGCUUCGAAUGGCCAAUUCUUAACUUUGGUUGGAGUCUAGCCGAUGUGUUGAAAAAAUCACGAGAAGCGAAGUUAACCCUUUCCAAUCAACCUAUAGAAGAUGUCGAAAGUACCGACCUGUAUGAACGAGAAAAGCGAUCAUCUGAAAAGGAGAAUGGUGAAACUAAAUCUUCGGAUAAUGGAAAUCCUGACGAAGAUUCGACAGUUAAAAAAGAGCAAGAUGUGCCGGAUGAAAAAACAGCAAACGAUUUACUUGAAGAAGCUAACAGCAACUUGAAAUCGGAAGGUUUCCAGAUCGGUACCUGGUCCAACGAGAUGGCAAACAGCAUGGAUAUGCUGAGUGAUGAAGAGUGUUGGGGACUUCCGUCAAAUGUAGACUUGUGCUCGAGAAAUAGAACCAACAUUCGCUACGGCUCGCCUACAUCAUGGAAUGUCGGAAGCAAAGAGCAAUCAAACGAUAUGCGAUAUUACACCGACUCGGAAGGAUCAUUUGUCUCCGACGAUGAUUUUGAUAGUGGUAGCGUGGAUAGUGAUCACGAACAGAACUACGGCUUGACGAUCGAGUUCAAAUCAGAUAAUGUGGCCGAGGCGAUUGAAUCUGAACACGACAUCCUAAAGCGCCAGAAACAGUUGGACAUUAUUAAUAGCACGAAUCUGAAUGAACAAAUAUAUCAAAAUUCUAAAAAUAUUAGCAGUGGGUUUAAUUGUACCCGAGGCGAAGAUUUCGAAGCUAGGCUCAAGUUGCACGAAGAACAGUUCCUGAAAUCUACAUAUGAAUUUAAAGAACAAAUCAGAAGUUGCGGAACGUUGGUAAAAUUCAAUGAACCAUUGACAGUUGAAAAUGUUCAGAAAAAAACUAAUAGCAUUACAUUGUCCAACAUUUCAAAUGACAAAAACGUCUACACACUAUUUCCGUAUGCAUCGAAGCAGGAAGUAGACGUACAUUUGAUGACUGCCAGCGAUGGAACAACGUUUAUGAGUUUAGAUGGGUUCUAUGAAAUUAAUAGAUCACAUUUUCCCGAGCAAUAUACUAUCCUAGGAACAGGCGAUUUAUUCGAUACGUUCAACGAUAAGCACUUACUAUCUAUUAACGAAAAUGGUGAGAAAAAAAUUAUGCUGAACAUCGAAAACCCUUUUGUGAUAAAUAAAAAUUUGAAAAACUGUAGUAAAAAAGAGCAACAUAGUUUCACGGAAAGUGUUUUCAACAUUCCAAAUCCUGAUAGAACUGCAGAUGAGUUCAGCUUCGACUACCAGCCAGAUUUGAAUAAUCAUCCUGGGCCAAGCCCAAGCAUUAUUCUACAAGCUCUUACGAUGUCUAAUGCAAAUGAUGGUAUUAACCUGGAACGGUUAGAGACGAUUGGGGAUUCUUUCCUGAAGUAUGCUAUCACAACCUAUUUGUACUGCACCUAUGAGAACGUCCAUGAGGGGAAACUAAGUCAUUUGCGAUCGAAACAGGUAUCAAACUUAAACCUAUACAGACUUGGAAGACGAAAAGUUUUAGGUGAGAGUAUGAUUGCAACAAAGUUUGAGCCACAUGACAAUUGGUUGCCACCAUGCUAUUAUGUUCCGAAAGAACUGGAGCAAGCACUAAUCGAUGCUAAGAUACCUGCUUGUCACUGGAAUUUAGCUGAUCUGCCAGACAUUAAACAGUUAUCGAGCGAGGAAAUUUGUAAGCUAGUGAAAGAACGCGCUCUAUCGCUGGGACUUCUCGAUGACUCCGAUAACGAGGAUGGUGAACAGAUGAAAGAAAUUCAGCAAUUAGAAGUGCGAAAUGACGAAUUCAUUAAAAAUUCAGACUACUUUGCCUGCUUCAUCCCGUACAACCUCGUGACUCAACAUAGCAUACCGGACAAGUCGGUGGCAGAUUGUGUUGAAGCUUUAAUAGGUGCCUAUUUGAUAGAAUGUGGUCCUCGCGGGGCACUGUUAUUAAUGGCAUGGCUGGGUAUUAGAGUGCUACCCGUGGCCGAAGUAUCAUCCAAGUCAGUCGAAAAACGUAUACCUGGUAGCUCACAGUGCUACGAGAAAGACGGUAAAAAUGUGAAUUCGGUGUAUGGAUAUUGGAUUCCGCCUAAAUCACCACUGCUUGCAUAUGUCCCAGAACCAGAAUCCAUACUAGAUCAUCUGCUUGACGGUUAUGAUGCCUUCGAGGAUUCCCUGGGCUACCACUUUGUAGACCGUUCUUAUCUUUUACAAGCCAUGACUCACGCAUCGUAUUGCCCAAACCGGUUAACUGACUGUUACCAGCGUUUAGAAUUUCUCGGAGAUGCUGUACUGGACUAUCUUAUCACGCGACAUUUGUACGAAGAUCCAAGGCAACAUUCGCCCGGUGCACUGACGGAUUUAAGGUCUGCCUUAGUAAAUAAUACAAUAUUUGCAUCACUUGCCGUGAGGCACGACUUCCACAAAUACUUUAGACACCUUUCGCCAGGGUUGAACGACGUUAUCGAUCGAUUUGUGCGAAUACAGCAAGAAAAUGGCCAUAGCAUCAGUGAGGAGUAUUACCUCAUAUUAGAAGACGAAUGUGAUGAAGCUGAGGAUGUUGAAGUCCCAAAAGCAUUAGGUGACGUUUUCGAAUCUGUCGCAGGAGCCAUUUUUCUAGACUCUAAUAUGUCUUUGGAUGCAGUUUGGAAGGUAUAUCGAAGUAUGAUGGGACCUGAAAUAGAACAGUUCAGUAAUUCUGUUCCCAAGUCCCCAAUAAGGGAACUCCUGGAGCUUGAACCAGAGACCGCCAAAUUCGGGAAACCGGAAAAAUUAGCCGAUGGACGACGGGUUCGAGUGACGGUAGAAGUAUUCGGAAAAGGUACAUUCCGUGGUAUUGGCCGUAAUUAUCGCAUCGCCAAGUGUACUGCUGCCAAAUGUGCUUUACGUCAGUUGAAAAAGAUGGGCUUGAUUAACAAGCGUCGCUAACUAUUUCCAACAGAAGGAUGUCGUACGUAAGUUUACAGAGGGUGAUUCCUAUCGAAUCUUACUUGCAAAUAUUGCAUCUCCUACUAAAUCGGCCCACGAUGCUGGUCUCUAACUUGUGAUGAAACGAAGAUCAGUUAGUCCGUUGUAAACUGUUCUUCCGAGCACAUCGAUAGAUCUCAUUUUUAAAUGCCAUACAACAAAACAUAACUUCCUUCGUAGAUAUUAGAUUUGUUUCAAGUCCUGGAAAAACUGAAAGUACUCCGGAGCAAACAUGGAGAACGUAGGUCAUGCAUUAGCUACUUCUCUUUUUCUUCGUCCUAUAGCAAAGCAGCCUGCGUUUUUGCUCCGGAGCUUCUGGGAACAAAAUUGCAAAAUCUAAAACAAAUGUAUUGCCAGGCCCUAUGAGUUUCGGAAUUGUCGCGCUGUUUAAACCGGAGCGAGUGAGAAAAAUGGCAAUCCUGAGAUGGCCUCGAGACUAGAGAAUAAAUCGUCUAACAUGUUUUUUUAUACCUAACCAAUUGAGAGUAUAGACUCUUAUAGUAUUAGAUCAGCGACGAACAUUUUAUUGAGCAACAAAAUUUCCAAAACCCGGAGCAGAAUUAACAUGAUGCCAGACAAAAUAUAGAAGAAUAGUAAAUAUAAUUUAUUUUAUAAAAAUGGAUUUUAUUGAUCACAGUCGAUUUUAGUUUUCUUGUCCCUAAUUUUGUGUCUGAGCAUAUUAGAUAAUUUUUAUUUUUUGUUCUUGCUAAUAUUAUCUCUCUAUUGAUGCAAAUAUUGAACGUUUUGAUAAUUCGUUUCGAUAAAAACAAGUGAUCGAAAGCAAUACAACCACUUACGAACUUGCAUACAUUAAGUGAUUGCAGUUUAACAUGCUGGUUUUUCUGGUAACCGGUUUAGUGGUUUUUGCAUCCGCUGAACUAUUACUACAAGAGUUUUCAUAUAUAUGUCUAACCGUCAUAUUAUAAUAAAUAUGGCAUCGGUCGCCGAAUAGGCCAAAUGCGGUAUAUGUUAUACGGCCUUAAUUUAGGCAAAUGCAUAAAUAACCUGGUAUAACAUAUAAUUUCAUUAUCCAAUGAAAUUCAAACUUCAAAUCUAGUCGAAUUAUGAAAGCUUUAAAACACAAAAAUACAUCAGUAGUUUGGUUUUACUCUUAUACUUUCAAGGGCUCGGUUAAAACCCUUUGCGGUUAGUUUACAAAUGACUGAAACGUUGUUGGUAAGACCUCGACAGCCUACGUAGGUAAAUUUGCCAGCUUAGAAAUUUUCUAAUACGAAAAAAGCAAAUUACUCCAAGUUUAUAGUUGAUUAAUGCCUCUAUAAUCAGCAAAAUAUACGAUCAAUCAUCGAACACCGUAGUAAAAAGGACGAUAAAUCAUCGUUUAUUGUUAAUUAUGAACAUCCUUUUUGUUUUGAACAUAAUUGUGUAUAGACGAAAUAUUUUUGACCCUAGAUUCGUAUUUUGCCUUAGGUUCCUUAUUGAAAUUUUGUUUUGUUUUUAGCUAAACACAUCUUUCAAAGUGAAAUUCUGAACUUUUAUAUUUUGGCUUAUUAGUAUUGUUUAAAAAAGAUGAACCAACAUGUAUAUAGAUCUGUAAAAACGUACUUAGAUCACAAACUAACAGACAUAAAACUUUGAACAGUCUCUCUAAUUUUUCAUCGUUCGUAUCUCGAUACAAACGGGAUACAACAGAGACAGUGGUAAUUUAAGGUUUCAAGAGAGCGAUGAAAAAAGAGUAUUAUGUUUGCUAGUCGGUGCUUAGAUUACAUUGUGUAAGACUUAAAAAUUCCUUGAAAGUAAAACAUCCAUAUGUGAAUUA